AUGGUUCGCGCUAUCCGCCCCCCUCGCCCUACCUACACGAACUCCCAAGUCUCGGGGUUUUACUUCCGCCCGUGUCGCGACGAGAACGACGAGGUGAUUCUCGAGUAUUUCCGUUGCCGUUGCGGCACGGUUCGGAAGCAAACCCAUAGGAACGGGUACUCCAACCUGAUGCAACAUAUCAGGCGGGAGCACCCUAACUACGAGACCGUCAUGCUCGACACUACGACGGCGGAGACAGGCUCCCUCGUGAACUUCGUCCGCCACUCGGCGCUCAACCUCCACGGCUGGAUGGUUUGGAUUGUCAUGUGCAACCUGCCACUCUCUUUUUGCGAGAGCCGAGAAGCUCGGCGCUACUCCAGCCUGGACCCAUCUCGGAGGAAACGCUGCGGGCUGGCAUGGACGGGGUCGUCGUCGCCGUCGAGCGUGAACGGCUGUCCCAAGACAACGCAACUCAGCAUGGCCCCGCUGCUGGACGCGCUGGACGACGAUCUCUCCGCGCAGGGCCAUCUCGUUCAGGCGGACAUGGCGUCGCAUGAGGAGGACCUGGCUGCUGUGCAGGCGCUCAUGGUAAAAUUGCGUACUCUCACCCAAUCUGCCAAACUACGGUUGAAAACGCCACUUCGGCCUGUCAUUCGCCUGGACACGCGCUGGAGCUCUACGUUCGAGAUGGUACGGCGCUACCUCCAGCUCCUCGAGUUUCUUGACGCCGAAGACGACGGCCUCAUGGACCUGCUGCCGCCGCCGGCGAUGAACAAGCGACUGCGGGCAUUGUACCAGGAGCUGUGCGACAUCGAGUCGGUCUCGAAGGCCCUUCAAAGCCCCGACGUCGACCUGCUGGACGUUCACGAGUGGUUCGACGAGCUGAUCGCUGUCAAGCCACAAUAUGGGCGCUACAUUGGGCCUCGGGCCAACAUUGUGCACAACCCAGAUUUUGAGGCUGGGUGUGUACGCGUUCUCCGCGGGAAGGCGCAGCGGCUGACGCGUGCUGAUAAGGCCGCUUUGCAGCCCUUCGAAGCUGCCAGACCGGACGACGCGGCCGCGAGUGAAGAGGAGGAGGAUCCAGCCGCGUCGUUCGUGGAGCGUCUUCGGAAGCGCCGGCGGCUUGCACAGGACCGUGUCAAGUAUAAGCAGCUGAAGAGCAUCCCACCCACGUCGAACGUGGAGCGUCAGGGGAUAAUUUAUUCUGCAACGACCAACCUACUAAAUAAAAAUGCCAUAUUCGGAGGCCCUGAGGAGGAGGAGUUCGAGCUCGUCUGCUCGCUGGACGCGUUCCCCACGGACGCCGCGGCGCGCCAGCAGCUCUCCGUGUCGGCGGAGACCUUCUCCGUGAUCAAGCGCCAGCUGAAGCACCGCCAGUUCCGCGCCGCGCUGCGUCUGCACCGCGAGGAGAAGGCGCUCAAAAAGUACGUGCCUCGACUCGGCGGGCGGGAGACCAUGUGCCAGAUCGCCAGGUUCUACGGCUGGAGCAAGACCACCAUCUCCAACUUCUUCAAGGAGGCCAUGAAGGACAAGAGCGAGCUGGACGAAGCGGAGCCGCCGAACCGCCGAGGCCUCUCGGAGCACGAGUACACGCGGGUGAUGCAGGAGAUCCGCGAGUGCAUCGAUGGGGACGUGUACUUCUCACCGUUGGCGGAUCGCAUCCGCCACAACAUGGGCGUCGACGAAGACGUGCUUCGAGAGAUGGGGUUGUCCAAGACGCCCGAUGUGAGGUUGUUGCUUCCGAUCGGUGUGAAGAAACCCAAAAGCGGGCAGCUGCAUGUGGUCAAUUGGGUCGAUAGCAAAGCCAUGUUUGGCGACCGACACACACAUGAAAAGGAGAACGCGAGUCAGCUGCAAGGGUAUGUGGACCGUUAUGAUUCGUUCCCGCAAGAAAUCUCACUUCCAGGAGAUUUUGAUCCACUCGCAACGGUCACGAAGUUGGGGGAAGGUGAAGAGCUAGUGUUGCAACCUGCCAAGAUUCAGACGGAAUUCGACGAGGACUGGAACCCGGUGCGAGCUAUAAUUUUCAGCCCGUGA